AUGUUGCAGCGUGCCGAGAGCUCCAUCUCUGCCUUCAGAGACCAGCCUGAGAUCCUUGAGAAGAAGGCCAUAGCGCGUGUUGAGCAGCUCAAAGCCAUGCAAAAGGGCCUCAUUGGCGAGACGCUUAAGAAGAAAGCUGAGCUUGACAAGAGCAUCGAUGAGAAUGUUGUGAGGGAGAAGAAUCUUGAGGCGUCACUCCAAGCUGCAGUCGAGAGCCUGGACAAGACCGCCAAGGACAAGACUCGUCUCCUUGAGGAGCGGACCCAACUCCUACAGAAAAUGGUCACCAUGGACGCCUAUCAGAAAGAGUUAGCUGAGAAGAUGGCCGCUCUUGAUGCCGAGGAGGCCGAGCUGUCCAAGACCAAGGCUGCUGUCGAGGCCAUGGAGAAGAAGAUGGCUGAGAGACAGGCCGUUGUUGAGGCCAAGGAGGCUGCUGUUGUGGUCGAGCAGGCUAAGCUGUCCAAGAUCAAGGCUGCUGUCGAGGCUAAGGAGCAGAGACUGGCUGCCGUCCUCAAGGCCAACCCGGCUUUCAAGGCGCUCUUUGACGGUGGUGAGGAAUCUGUUGAUGAGGCUACUCGGGGCAUGGCAGCCGUGUGCAUGGAGGUGAAGGACGAGGGAGAGGCUGCCGUCAAGGACGAGUCUCUCUCUCGUGCCUAA